AUGAAAAGCCCCCUUCUCCAUCUCCUUCCACUUUUAGUGUCAACGCUUUUCUUCGUAUCGUUAUCUUCGGCGGACGUAUCUAUAUCCAGCCCCAAAGCAGGCUCCUCUUUCACCGUCUCUGGAUCAUCUGCCUCCAUCACCGUUUCGUGGAUCGAUUCCGGAACUUCCCCAUCAAUCGAUGAUGCAGAAACUUUUACUUUCACCCUUUGUACCGGCCCAAACAGUGAUAUCUCGGCAGUCACCACCCUAGCCUCGAACCAAAAAAUCUCCAGCUCUUCGUUCACCGCGUCCAUUCCUGACACCGUGGGCGCGGAUGGGGUAUAUUAUAUCCAAGUAUACGCCGUUUACUCUUCGGGUUACACAAUCCAUUAUACCCGCAGAUUCCAGCUCAAUGGCAUGACUGGGACAAUAACUCCUGUUGGCUUGGUGACGGACGCUCCUCCAACCGCCCAAGUGGCGAUCAAUACUGGCACUACCGAGGCCGCUGCCAUCGCCACAAUGCUGGUUUCUGCUUCGUUCUCCGUCACCUACACUUUGCAAACUGGGAUAUAUAGAUUUGCACCAAUGCAAAUGCAACCAGGCUCAGUAGUUACCGCCACCACCUGGUCAAGAAAGUACCCAGCUAGUGCCGUCACUUACUACUCAACUAAGGCCACAUCUGCCUCCCAAGUUAGCACUCUUACCCCCGGGUGGUCGUAUACCAGAACUUCCUUGAUAAAUUAUGUGUCUCCAUUAGGCACCCCAACAGCUUUCUACCCAGCAUCACAAAAGGUUAUAAAGCCAACCAUAAAAACCACGUCAAAUGUCAAAAGAUUCUUUGAUCUUGAUUGA